AUGGGUGCACAGAUUUGGCUUGUAAUAGCCGCCAUUGCUACUGCCUGUCAUUUUCUUUCCCGUUAUAUUAGUCCCAAGUACGAUGCUCGUGAGCCACAACCGCUCUCACCAACUAUCCCAUUGAUUGGUCAUGUUGUCGGAAUACUCCGACAUGGACUUCAAUAUUAUGGAAAGAUCAGGGGCGUGGUUCGACCAGCUUUUAGCAUGAAUAUGCUCAAUACCAAGAUCUAUGUGGUUAGCUCUGCGAGUCUAGUCCCGAUGAUCCAACGCGCAUCCAAAACGAUCUCCUUUGAUCCGUUUUUAAGUGGUGCAGCAGAGCGCAUGGCAGGGAUUAAGAAGGGAGAUGGCUUGAAGCUUCUCCAAGAGACUGAGAGUGGCGGCGGCGGCGUUAACGUCGCAGUCGUACAUGCCAUGAAACCAUCUCUGCUCGGUAGUGGCCUAGACAAGAUGAAUGCCACCAUGAUAAAACAUCUUCAAAGAUCUAUAGAUGAACUAUCAGCCUCGGGCGGCGGUCCAAUUGACCUCCAUCAGUGGUGUCGAGACGCGAUUACAGUUGCUAGCUCCGAGUCAGUUUGGGGUGCAAAGAAUCCAAUGAGAUCCAAAGACCUCCAAGAAGCAUUUUGGGAAUAUGAUUCGAACUUGACCAUGUUAUUAUUUAACACACUGCCGCAAAUCAUUGCACGGAAACCAUACAAAGCGCGUGAAAAGAUUGUGCAGGAGUUUAUCAAGUUCUACGAAGCCGGCGGCCAGUGGGAAGCUUCAGAGCUAGCAUUUGCGCGAUGGAAGACCCAACAUGAUGCCGGCGCUACUACUGAAAACAUUGCGCGACUUGAAUCAUCUCUUUGUGUCGGUGUCCUUUCAAAUACUGUCCCGGCUACAUUUUGGACCCUUUUCGAGAUUUUCUCUCGCCCGGAACUGCUCGCCAAGCUUAGGCAAGAAGUAUGGGAGAAUGCAGUACAUGUGUCUGUCGACGCUGAUGGUAAUACCGUUAAUAUCGUUGACCUUGCAGAUAUACGCAACAAAUGCACUCUCCUCAUUGCUACUUUCCAGGAGGUUAUCCGUCUAAGAUCUAACAGCGCCUCCACCCGCAUUGUGCUUGACGACAUCGAGAUAAAUAACCAGUAUCUACUCAAAAAGGGCACCAUGGUACAUAUGCCCACGCUGUUAAUUAACCGCGAGGAAUCGACCUGGGGCUCGGAUGCCGCGGAGUUUAACCCACUGCGGUUUAUCAAUGGCAGCAAUGAGAAAGGUAGUCGCCUGCGGCCCACGGGUUACCUGUCUUGGGGGUCGUCUCCUAAUAUGUGCCCCGGUCGACACUUUGCUACUGGAGAAAUUCUAUCAACUGUUGCCAUGUUUAUGGCGAGGUAUGAUAUCACGCCUACUAGUGGAAGCUGGCGGCCCCCAGCGAUAAACGGGAGCGCGAUAGCAGCCUCGAUGUCACCGCCAGGCGAGAAGUUUAUGGUUAAGUUCUCAGUCAGGGAGGGUCAAGAUACAGCAAAAUGGGACUUCAAGGUUACCGAAGGACAAGGCAAAUUCAAAUUGGUUACGGGAUAA